UCCAUCUAGUUCUUCCUAUGGAGGCUGGAGUUCUCUCUGUUUCUGCUGCCUCCUGCCCCUCAGCUGAAGGUUCCUUGUAUUUGCUCCUGCCUCUCAGCAUCUCUACUGGUGGGUCAUUGGUGCUUACACCAGCACACGGAACAAAUUCUGCCUGGAUUCUGACUCUCCCAGCAGAAAGUAAGAAGAAAGAAGAAAGUUCACAGAAAGAAAGUCUUGGAAUAGCCUUGAGUGUCCCCAAAUGGAAAGGAGAUGAGGAAAUCCAGCAAGCAGAUCCUGUAGAAGACCAACUGGCUCUUCAUAAACAAAAGUUCAAGGCUCCCACAGGGUCCCUGUAUGGCAAGUCUAAAUCCUACAGAUGCUCUGACUGUGGGAAAAGUUACCACAGGAGCACAGAUCUCUUAAGACAUCAGAGAACCCAUACUGGAGAAAGGCCUUAUCUGUGUUUAGACUGCGGGAAGAGCUUCAGUCGAAGUUCCAUCCUCCUUGAACAUCAAAGGAUCCAUACAGGUGAAAAGCCAUACAAAUGCAGCCAUUGUGGGCAAGGGUUUAGCCAAAGUUCCAACCGGAACCAGCAUGAGAGGACUCACAGCAAAGAGAAAAUGAGUAGCCUGGCAUGUUGGAGAAAGAACCGGCAAAGGACAGAGGACCAGAAGAGUGGGCCUAAAAAGCUGAUGACAAUAGAUGAGGGUAUAGGGACUAAGCUGGGACCUGGAGGGGGAUCUCAGUUGCCUGGGGAAAACCUCCCUUGGAGCUCAAAGAAGUUGAAGUACCAGAGGCGCCAUUUGUUUGAAAAGCCCUAUAGGUGUCCACAGUGUGGGAAAUGCUUUGCACGCAGCACGGAUUUUAUCCGGCAUCAUAUCACUCACACAGGUGAGAAGCCCUACACCUGUGUGAAGUGUGGCAAGAGUUUUACACGCAGCUCUGUCCUCACUGAGCAUCAGCGCAUCCACACGGGCGAAAGACCCUACAAGUGCAGGCUGUGUGGGAAGGGCUUCAGCCAGAACUCCAACCGUCACCAGCAUGAGGCAAUCCACCAAGCUGAGAAAACUUCCAAACACCUCCUGAAAGGCAGGAAAACAUUAAACUGGGAGGCUGGGGUUCAUUAGGCAACAGAAAAUCCACUCUGCUGGUGGGAAAGCUUGAUUAGUCAAAGAAGAAUUUUAAAAAGAAUGUUAAUCCACUAUGAACAAAAGAAUCUGAAGGGGACAGGAGAACCUUAGAACAAUUUGAGGAUUUCCUCCCCUCUCUCUCUGGCAAGGGGGAACUGCCAUUGUAUGAAAACAAAAUAUUCUUCCUGCAGAAAUCUCAGGCAAGAUGCAUGUUUGGAUAGCAUUACCAUGGCCAAAGGGGGAAAUAAAGCACUUAUUCCAGUUAUAUUUUCAUUGAACAUAACCUGAACACAAUAUCAUCUUCUCUUUGAUUAUAUAUCAAAGAGAAACCACAGGAUUUGAGUCCAGGGUAUAAGCUUUUGAGAGUCAAAGUUCCCUUCUUCAGAUACCUCCUGAAGAAGGGAGCUUUGAUUCUUGAAAGUUUAUACCCCCAAAAUCUUGUGGGUCUUGUGGGCCACUGGAUUCAAAUCCUGUUGUUCCUACUGCAGACCAACACGGUUCCUUACCUGAAACUAUAAUGCAUUUGUAUAUUUUCAUAUACAAAUGCAUUCCAGUCCUACGCAUAUUUACUCAGAAGUGAAUCUCAUUGAGUUAAUUAGGACUCAAUCCCAUUGAAACGAGCCUAUUAGAAAAUGGAUCCUGUUUUUGGCCAUUUUCACACUGCUUACUGGCCAUGGAACAUCACAACAGCGUCUUCCUGGCACAAUUUCAUGCGAGAACAACUCAUGAGAAACCGCACCUGGAAGACGCUGUCGUUCUGGGAGCUUGGCGCAAUGUUCCGUGGCCGGUAAGCAGUGUGAAAACGGCCUUUUCCUUCUUUUUCUAAAGGACAUGUCACCGGAAUGUGGUUUUUUCCUUCCUCUUUUCUAUUUGGUUAUAUAUAGGCUCAGGCACAGUGAAAUUUGAUUUAGCCACAUUCUAGAAUACUUGCAGGGUGUGUACUACCUGUUUUUCAUGCAUUCUGCUAUAGAAGAUUGUGUAAUAAUAAUAUUGUAAUAAUAACAUUCAAUUUACAUACCGCCCUUCAGGAUGACUUAAUACCCACUCAGAGUGGUUUACAAAGUAUGUUAUCAUUAUCCGCACAAGAAUCACCCUGUGAGGUGGGUGGGGCUGAGAGAGCUCCUAGAAGCUGUGACUGAUGCAACAGCUGGCUUCAAGUGGAGGAGUGGGGAAUCAAACCCGGUUCUCCAGAUUAGAGUCCCGCGCUCUUAACCACUACACCAAACUGACAUGAUCAUGAUACAUACAAAUGAUCGUGCAAGAAGGUGCUCCAUUUCCUUUUUGAGUCAUAGUUAAGAAUCAUAUAAAUUUUUGUUCUGUAAGCCUGGGCAGGAAUUUCACAUUGUGUCAUUUUCUGGCCCUGCAUCCCCUCACCCCACCCUUGGUUCCUAAUUACUGGAAUCUCUUCUCUCACAGGGAAUGUGUACCAUGAAAGCCACACACUUUUAUCUUCUAAUGUUUUGCAAUGUAAUGGAUAUUUUAUGAUCCUGAAAAUAACAUACCUCUGAGCAUGUGCAAAGUAUACUUCCCCUCAUCACUGUAAACACAGCCCCCUCUAUGUAUAUUUCCAAUUAGGAAGAUGGGUAGAUAAUCCAGUUCAGAGUAGCUUUGAGUCUCAAUACUCUUCAUUUCAGGAAUUAAUAACUUCCUAUUUGUGAAGGACAGGUGUGCUAUUAAUAAAAUAAAGUGAUAGGAAAAGAGUCAUAGAAAGUUAUGUUUUUUAGGACCGAUAAUGAUGUCACCCCACCCUCCUCCAUUUCCUGCCUGCUUUGUAACCACAAGUCCUUAGCCUCAAUUCAAUAUUUGGUUCGAACAAACAAGUGUACCAUCCAC